AUGGCACUCCAUGAAAGGUCCCAUGGGGGUGCUCUGAUGGAAUUCAUCAGAGCUCCCAGGGCAAAUUACACGAUAAUUGGAGAGGCGAUUCGCUAUGUCAUCCCGGCACAUAUGCAAUGUUCUAUUGGCUGUGGAGGUCAAAGCUGCAAGUAUGACAACCCAAAUUACUGGCGUGAUGACCAACAGGCAAUUAAAGGCCUCUACUCAUCAUGGGUGACUGAUCACCUCCUUGCAAUGUCCAGACCCUCAACUGAAAUCAUUGAAAAGUAUAACAUUAUUGAGCAAUUCAAAAGGAAUGGCAUUAAAACCGUGAUCAAUCUACAGAUACCUGGUGAACAUGCCAACUGUGGAAACCCUCUGGAGCCACAGAGUGGUUUCUCCUACAAUCCAGAGGUCUUUAUGGAAAAUAACAUUUAUUUCUACAAUUUUGGAUGGAGUGACUAUGGAGUGGCCAACCUUACGACUGUUCUGGACAUUGUGAAGGUUAUGGCCUUUGCUCUGCAGGAGGGGAAGAUAGCUGUACACUGUCAUGCAGGUCUUGGAAGAACAGGUGUGUUACUGGCAUGUUUUUUGGCCUAUGCCACUAGGAUGACUGCCAAUCAAGCAAUUUUAUACAUUAGGGCCAAACGCCCUGGUUCUGUUCAGACGCGCAGUCAGCUGACCUGUGUCCGUGAGUUUGUCCAGUUUCUUGGGCCUUUAAGGAGUGUGUUUUGUUGUAGUGAGCCUCGAUCCCAACCUGUCACCUUGGCCCAAUACCUCAAUCGCCAGAGGCACAUCUUGCAUGGCCUUGAGCGUAAAGAAUUGAGGCACCUGCCUAAGAUUGUCCAACUUGUUUCCCGGCUCCUGUUGGAUAUCGUAGAGAAUCGACAAGUGAUCGAGGAGGACAUUUUGGAGGCGCCAGACAUCCAAGAUAUUGAGAUGACUCUGAGCAUCAUUGAAAAGCUUGGACCUCAGUUUUCUACAAAGGAGCCUCGCUUACCAGGCUCCCCCACAUUACCGAGACAUUUUCAUGAACCGCCGCUCUUCUACCACCGCAAGAGUCUUAGUUAUAGUGAGUCUGAUUUAAGACGUCUGGGCUCACAGCUCAACCUCCUCACACAACCCUUGGGCUCUCUCUCACAGGAUAAUAUCGCCAGGCCCAUUUCUCCAUCUGUCUGUAGGGGACCUCCAACCCAAUGGAAGAGUUGGAAUAGUAACACAUCUGACCUCUCCCAAAGCUCCACAGGAUCACUCUGGCAAGUCAAGAAUGAUGAAAAGGAUGGGUCCAUUUUGUUAAAGAAAGUUAAGCAGAUGCCCAUACAACGCAGCGGUUCUGUUGGAAACAAUGGGCCACUCAAAAAAGGUAGCAUGCUCUCCAGAUUGAAAGCAGAGCAAAGGGAGGAGUUGGCAGAAAACGAAAAGAAAUCUCACUGUAGGGAUGAAGAGCAGUCGGAGGUUCCAUAUAUUACCCUGCAGUCUGAAUUGUCACUGGAGGCCAGGAGGCUGCUGGUGGCACAGGCCCUAGCAGUGGACCUUUUCCUGGAUGGGGAGCAGGAACACAGGAACAAAGUGUUAACAUGGCAGGCUGAAUUAAAUCAAGGCGGUGCAUGGGAAAGGCUAUGCAUGGAGCGGGAUCCCUUCAUCCUUACAGGUCUGAUGUGGGCAUGGUUAGAGCAGCUUAAAGAGCCAGUCAUCUGCCUUCAAGAUGUCAUAUCCCUAAAGCCUGACAACAUUGAUGCUCAGACUGUCCUCAACACAUUUGGUCAGGCACCCAAGGAAACACUGCUAUGCAUACUAGACUGUAUGGCUCAUCUACUGACAGUACCAGAGGAGGUUGAAAAUGCAUUCCUGAAUCGUGCAAUCAAGGCUUUUACUUGGACGGAAAGCAAUUCCAACAAUGGAAGCCAAGUUUAUGAGUCCAUGACUAGAGUCCUACGGUGUGUCCUCGAGGACAUGAGAUGUGUUGCCACCAAAGAAGAAGAAUCUACAAUGUCUUCUUUUUCUUUUGUGUAG